CCGUGCGAGGGAGAACUUUGGAGGGGGAGGGAGGACGAGCGCGCGUGGAGUGCAAACCCUAGUUCUUGAAUCCGGCGACGGAGGGCGACGAGGCGGCGUGGGAGCGAUCGGAGGGAGAGCGAGGUCUGUUGGAUCGGAUGGCGGAGGAGGAUGAGCGGAGCGAGAGCAGCAACUACACGUCGGAGGACGAGGGUACCGAGGACUACCGGCGGGGCGGAUACCACGCCGUCCGCGUCGGCGAUUCCUUCAAGCAGGGGGCCUACGUCGUCCAGUCCAAGCUCGGCUGGGGCCACUUCUCUACCGUCUGGCUCGCCUGGGACACUGUCCACUCCCGGUAUGUGGCACUGAAGGUGCAGAAAAGUGCGCAGCACUACACAGAGGCAGCAAUGGAUGAGAUAAAGAUCUUGAAGCAGAUUGCUGAGGGGGACUCGGAUGACAAGCGAUGUGUUGUGAAGCUGCUCGAUCACUUCAAGCAUUCAGGACCUAAUGGACACCAUGUGUGCAUGGUGUUUGAGUUUCUCGGGGACAACCUUCUCACUCUCAUUAAGUACACUGACUACCGGGGUGUUCCCCUUUCCAUGGUGAAAGAGAUCUGCCGCCAUAUUCUUGUAGCUCUUGACUACCUCCACCAUGAUCUACAGAUCAUCCACACUGACCUUAAGCCUGAGAAUGUUCUCCUGGUAUCCAGCAUUGACCCUUCCAGGGACCCGCGUCAGUCCAGCACUCCCCUGUUUAUCCCUGCUGUGAAGUCCAAUGACCCACCACCCAAGUCCCCUGCCCCUGUCAAUGGGGACCUUACUCGGAAUCAGAAGAAAAAGAUGAAGCGGAAAGCAAAGCGAGCGGCUGCCGCGACAUCAGGGAGUGCCAUGGCUUCAGCUACUGUAGAUGCUAAUGGGGUGCAACAUUCAUCUGCACUGAAUGAUGAUGGUGAUGGUGAUGUUGAAGUGCACAAGGGAGCAGUGCAUGGGCAUAGGAGAGGAAGCAGGAACACGAGGAAGAGGUUGGUGAUGGAGGCUGACUUACAGUGCAAGCUGGUGGACUUUGGGAACGCUUGUUGGACAUACAAGCAGUUCACAAGUGAUAUACAGACAAGGCAGUAUCGUUGCCCUGAGGUGCUUCUUGGGUCCAAGUAUUCAACACCUGCUGAUAUGUGGUCAUUUGCCUGCAUUUGCUUUGAGCUUGCAACAGGGGAUGUGCUUUUUGAUCCACAUAGUGGGGACAAUUUUGAUCGGGAUGAGGACCACUUAGCGUUGAUGAUGGAGCUACUAGGUAUGAUGCCACGCAAGAUUGCUUUGGGUGGCCGGUACUCCCGUGCAUUCUUCAAUAGGUAUGGGGACUUGAGGCACAUCCGCCGCUUGAAGUUUUGGCCCCUCCACAAAGUGCUUAUUGAGAAGUACGACUUCAAUGAACGGGAUGCAAAAGACAUGGCUGAUUUCCUUGUGCCUAUACUUGACUUCGUUCCAGAAAAGCGUCCCACAGCGGCUCAGUUGCUUCAGCACCCAUGGAUCAAUGCGGGACCUUUACUAUGCGAGCCAUGCUUGCCACCUACCGAUCAAAGCCAGCCAUCGGAUGAUGGUGUUUCUGAGAAGCAGAGGAAGGAGAAAGAUGAAAGGGAGGAAAUGGCAGUGGGAUUGGGGAAUAUGGCCAUUGAUGGAGCUUCAUAGCCAACCUAAGAUCCUCAAAGUAGUAGUAGACCAAGCCAGGCAAAUCUUACAGCCUCCGGGUAGGUAGUCGUUAUGAUAUACAAGCAUUCCACCUUAAAACGAGCAAAGUUUUUUGCCACAGUGUAUGUAUUCUGGCUAGGAGAAUGAUAAACCCUUCCAGCUUGAAAUGCGUCAAGGAUGGGUGUAAAAUGGAAAGGUUUAGGUGUUCUAUUAGGGUGGGAACAGUGGUUGAGGUAAUGUUUACAUGGUGGGAUUAUAGAGAUCGAUCCCUGUUAGCUUGGAUAUUCUGUAAGAUGAGCUCCCAUUUAUUCAAAUUUCUUUUUGGAAUGAACUUGCAACCCC